GCCCUGCGGCUGCGCACAGUUGAGGUGCCCGCGGCGUAGGAACCUGGACGCCUAUGACCAAGGCACGCGUAUAGCGACUGUGCAGGCGCCGCCGGAGGAGGCGGCCUCGCCCCCUCGUAAGGGUCUCCUGCGCCACUGGUCACCACUGGCGCCGGGUUCCGCCGGGAAGCUGUAGCGGCAAGUGUGCACCUCUGUGGGCGCCGGGGUUUCAGAGAGAAGACCAUCCUCCCUGGUCCACGGGAUUUUACGGAAACCGAAAUGUUACAAAAUAAAAUGUGCAAGAAAUUCUGAUGAAAACUCGAGGAGUACAUGGAGAGGGGUGUCUCACUAUGUAGAAAGUCAAGCUGUACUUCUGAAACUUAACAAGCAUGCAACAGCACAACUACUUACGGCUGUGUGUCCUGUCCAGGAGCCCUGAUCACUGUCCCUGCUGCAUCUCCACAAUGACAUUCUUCGCACUGCUCAUGUUUUCCGGCCUCAUGACUGGCUGUACAGGGAACUCUUCCUAUAGUUUGCCACCCAGGCUGCUGCUGGUGUCCUUCGAUGGCUUCAGAGCUGACUAUCUGCAGAACUAUGAAUUCCCUCACCUCCAGAAUUUUAUUAAAGAAGGUGUCUUGGUAGAACAUGUUAAAAAUGUUUUUAUCACGAAAACAUUCCCAAACCACUACAGCAUAGUGACAGGCUUGUAUGAGGAAAGCCACGGCAUCAUAGCCAAUUCCAUGUAUGACUCAGUCACAAAGAAACAUUUUUCUGACUUCAAUGACAAAGACCCUUUCUGGUGGAAUGAGGCGAUCCCUAUCUGGGUGACAAACCAGCUUCAGGAGAAUAGGUCGAGCGCUGCUGCUAUGUGGCCUGGCACUGACGUGGCCAUUUACAAUGCCACUCCUUCCUAUUUUAUGAAUUACAGCCCCUCGGUGACUUUUAAGGAGAGGCUAAACAACAUCACCACGUGGCUCAGCACUUCCAGCCCACCGGUCACCUUUGCCACACUCUAUUGGGAGGAACCAGACGCAAGCGGCCACAAAUACGGACCUGAAGAUAAAGAAAGCAUGCGCCGAGUACUGAAGGAAGUUGAUGAUCAUAUCGGUGACCUGGUCCAGAAACUCAAAAUGUUGGGAUUGUGGGAAAGUCUCAACGUUAUCAUUACAAGUGACCAUGGGAUGGCUCAGUGUUCUGAGAGCAGAUUGAUAAACUUGGAUCUCUGCAUUAGUCGUUCCGACUACAGCCUCAUAGAUCUGACCCCUGUGGCUGCAAUACUUCCCAAAAUAAAUAUAACAGAAGUUUAUGACAAAUUAAAAAAUUGUAGCCCUCACCUGAAUGUUUAUCUCAAAGAAGAUAUUCCUAACAGAUUUCAUUAUCAACAUAAUGAUCGAAUCCAGCCUAUUAUUUUAGUUGCUGAUGAAGGGUGGACAAUUGUACAAAAUAAAUCAUUAUCAAAAUUAGGUGACCAUGGCUAUGAUAAUUCUUUGCCUGCUAUGCAUCCGUUUCUUGCUGCCCAUGGCCCUGCCUUUCACAGAGGCUACAAGCAGAGCACCAUGAACAUUGUGGAUAUUUACCCAAUGAUGUGUCACAUCCUGGGGUUAAAACCGCAGCCCAAUAAUGGAACCCUUGGGCACACCAAGUGCUUACUAGUGGACCAGUGGUGCAUUCAUCUUCCAGAAGCCAUUGGAAUUGUCAUCGGCGCGCUGUUGGUGUUGACCACGCUCACUUGCCUCAUAAUCUUCAUGCAGAACAGACUGUCUGCACCCCGCCCCUUUUCCCGACUUCAGCUACAAGAUGAUGAUGAUGAUCCUUUAAUUGAAUAGCAGGCUGGGGUUCCUACCAGGUGUCAGGUGUCUUUGAUCAGUCUCAAAACUAAAGAAUAGUGUUAAAACCAUUAAAAAGUGUGCUUUGAAAGACAGCUUAGACCAGGCAUGCUAAAAGUGUUUUUUGUGUUUCCUUGGGCUUUGUUUUGGGUGCAUCACUAAUACAAACAACCCUGACUAUAGUAAAGUUGCUAGUAAAUCAGUUAACACCAUCUGUUUCUCUAAGUAGCUUUUCCAGAGAAAUAUACCACCUUUUUUUUUUUCUGUGAAGAUGAUACAUCUUUAAAUGAAAAUAUACCAAAGUUUAGUAGGUACAUUUUUCUAAUAAAUUUAUAUAUUUGUAAAUUGAAACAAUUGUGAAUUUUGUGUAUCAGAUAGGAGAAACUUUCUAUAUUUUUAUAGUUACCUUUAACACGUUCAUAGUGGGCCAUGAUUCUGUCUUGCUGCUGGGUGUCUCUGAACCACUGUGGUAUGUGCAUGACUGUGCCAUUAGGCCACAUGGAUCAGUCCCAUCGGAUGGUAUAAGCUGCCUGGGACAGUUGUGCAUAUACUACUGGUGGUUCAAGCCAGCUGGAAUGUGUUAUUCAGUUUUUAUGCCAAGUAAACCCUUGAGGUGGGAAAUUCUGUGAUGGUUAAUCAAACUGGUUAGCCAGGCCCCUCCAAAAAUCUGGCAUAUGAAGAAACCACUUUAAGAAAAGCUAUGAAAAGAUGAAUGAAACCAUCAGCACCAUGUGAUACAAACCUCACGUGGCACAAGACCUUGUAUCUUUAUUAAGAUGCUCAGGCCUUUAAAGUCUCAAAGUUGAAUCUUUUGAAGAUUAUUGUAAUAAAAUCAGAAGGAAGUAGAGGAAAUGCCAUUCUCUAUUUGUGUUGAGUAUAUGUGUGUGUGUGUGUGUGUGUGUGUGAGUGUGAGUGUGUAUGUGUGUGCAUGCAGCUCUUCUGUGACUUGCUGUAGGAGGCCCCAGGGGUCUAGAACACAGCUCUCAGGAAAGGUUAUUUUUUGCACUGUAUAUUUAUUUACUUCUUCCUAACUCACAAAUUAAGAUCAUAAUUUUAAAAACUCAUGAAUUUUUGUUAUCUUUUCUACCUUUCUCCUGUUGUUUAUUGUAUCCAAGACUGAAGUAUCCAAGUGCUGUAGAAAAUGUAUGACCUGAAUACAAAUCUGAUUUUGAUUGUGUCAAAAUAAUGAUGAGAGAUUUCUGUAGUUACCUGUGGGGCUUUUUAUCUUACGUUUUAGACAAUAGAGCAGCAAAGAAAUCUGAAGUGAAAUUUAGUGUCUUUGGAUCUUUGCACCAUUCAUGUGUGAAGUGGUGGAAUAGCCUCAUGCCGACUGUGUCGUUGGAUACCUGGUUCACAAGCUUAGUAACUGGUUUUCACAUACAGAGCUAAUCUACAGGAAGGGUACAGCCCAGGCAUAUGUUAAUUACUGUAGUGUUAGUUAUCCAGGAUGGCACAUAACUAGUGGGUCACUGCUAACUUCCUCAGCCAGAUAUCUGUUACAUUUGGAGUUUAGGGGGGCAUUUCUGUACCCCACAUAAAGAAUCCAUGCUACUGGUCAUAAACUUAGCAUAUGAAGUGCACUAGGCCACUGAUUGCUUUGGAGUAAAGUCUCAGAUUUUUGUCUUCAUGUGCAGUUACAAUAAAGGUAAACAGUUAAUCUAAAUAAAAUAGAAAAUUUCCUUUCUACUGUAGUUCCUUUUUAAAAAAUGAACUGCCACAUUCCAAGUCUUUUUUUUAAUGGCAGACAUUUUCAGAACAUAACAGUGGAAUAUUUGAUAUUAGUGGAUCUUCUCUUUGGGACAGUUUCAGUAAUUGCAUCAGCUUGAUCAAUGGUUGUGAGAUUUAGAAAUCUAUUUGCAAGCUGUCUAGCUGGGAGUGGAUUUGGUGUAGAAUGGGAUGAGCCAGAUGUCCAGGCAGGGUCUUAACUCUUCUGCAGGACUUUUACCUCUUUAUCUUUUCAUUUUGUUCUCAAAAGGUUAAAUUAGGUAACCUUAAUUUUAAUUAAGUUUAUUUAGGGAAAUAUUUUGAUGAGAUAAAAUAUUAUUUGUUUAAACAGAGAUAAUUGUAUCAUUAUGUUAAACAUGGUAUUAAUUCACUAGUCUCUUUAAGAACAUUAUCACAGCCAGUGUUUCCUAUAGUGACUGAGAAAUCUUUUAGUAAAAGGGGUAGCUUCUGGCUCUGUGCAUCUUGUUAAGUGAUUGUUAACUCCUGUGCCGUUGUAUUUCUGGGAAGUGGGAAGGGUUUGGCGCCAGUCAAGUGUUCACUGUUCAUACCACAGUACUCAGAGGUAGUAGGAAAGUUGAUUUGUUUUUGUUAAUUCAGUGAGUGAAUUCAGAGAACAAAUGUGUUUAAUUGUGCUGCUUUUAUUAACGUAUAAGUUUUGUGGCAAACAGCAAUAGAAUAAAAAUACUUCAAUGCCUUGUGCUCUAGGCUUUGUAGUGUUACUGAUUAGGCUUCCUUUAAGAGUUCACAAGUGAGUUACUGGAACAUUGAAGAAUUAAAAUUCCUUUGCACUGUUCUUUGAUGUUUACUUCCUUUGCCUGUGUCUUGUAUAGUUCAAGCAAGAUUAUGUUUAAUUCCUUUUAUUUGUAGGGUUUUGCUGUAUUGUUAAUAUAUAAGAUUACAAAUGAAGGACAGCAAUUAGAUGUCUAACUAUGUAUUUAUUGUUAAUUCGUAAGACAGAGUGUAAAUAAAAAUAAAUGCUUCAAAGAAAAUCAUAAGUAGUGCCUUAAAGGAAAAUAAGUCUUGACUAUAUUGUUGGAGUUCAUAGCUAAUGACUGUGCUUGUGAUUUAAAAAGUUAUGUGAAUAAAGUCUACUGAAAAAUUUUACUAUA